CUUUUGGACGACCUUCUUUUUCUACUGAACAAAAACCCCGCAGCAGAGGCACCGUUUCGUGCGCUCCUUUUCUUGCGCGGGCGUUUAUCUUUGAUCUACUUGUUACUACGGUAUGGAACUCAACCCUGGGCCAUGUGGGGAUGGAUCGCCUUCGGGUUCGGUAUCGGAAACCCCACCCGCGGACGAGUCGUCAGAGAGUACUCCCACAGACCUGCACCGGUCAAUUCCCUCCCAGGCGUCAUCGACUGUUGACCUCCUUGAGACCGUCGACGAAAGCCAUCCACUGUCGAAUACCGGUUCUGAUGACGACGGCCCCGAAUCAUCCCUAACAGCCUCGGUAGCUAAUACUACUACCAAGUCUACAAGUCCUGUUUCUCAGAGAUAUAUAUUUCGUCCACCAUCCGACCGGACAUCCGCUCAACAGUCCAUGACGCCCUCCGCCACAUCACCACUACACAAAUCGCUUGCUUCUCCAAUUGCUCGGCCAGGGGAACAGAACUCGGAUCCGAGAUCUGCCCUGUUCGAUGAUCAUGUUGCCUCUGCCCAUGUUCCCGGUAGUCUACACCUGGCCCCGGACAGCGCCAUUGAAAAGCUGGUGGAGCGUCAAGGCGUUAUUUCCUUGAUUCGCCAGUUAGCUUCGGAUCUCGCCCAUCGCGACAAAGAGCUGGUAUCCAUACGGCGGCGGGCGGAGGAGAGGGAGAGAGCUCUAAAGAAGAUGUUGGUGGAGGUUGAGGUAUCAAAUGCGGAUAUUGAGAAACGGUUGGCGGCAGCCAUCCUGCAACGGAAACCUUCGAGGGAGACUAUGCGUUCCGCAGCCGGGGAUACGAGCUAUACUGAGAGUAUUGAUGAUAUGAUGCAACAGGCUAUGAGUGAAGAGGAUGUUUUCAGUGUUGUGGAUGACAGUUUGAGCAUGAUGGAAGCCACUACUGAUCUUGGGGAUGACGACCGACAUAGCACAAGGGAUGACAUGGUCACGCCAAAGGCAACCAUUAGGGCGCGAUCGGAUUCUAGAUCAAUCCUGUUUGAACGGGAUAUGGAUAGUAUGUCCAUUAUAUCCAAUGCAUCGUCGAGAAGGGGGUCUACUGUCCGUAGAUGGAAGAAUUUCUUUUGGGGACAAAAGAUAGGGGAGGGGGGUGAGAAUAACACCGGGAACGAGCGACUGGUAUUGCAGAACCCCCCCCAUAGUAAAAGGAGAGGAAUCACAGACGAAACAUUUUCUCCCCCCCCAGAGGGGAAACCAAGAAUUCUGUCACGAGCCUCCUCCCCUGCUGUUUCGAUGAUUCAGCCGGGAUCCCACCCCGAUGCUCUUGCUCAGAGCGGGACAUCAAAGGUUGCUGCUUGGGCAAUGAGGUUGGCUUCUCACGCCCCACCGCUGCAUGAGCAGGAAAACUUUAAUCCAAAGAGUCCCGUGCAACCAAGAAGCGCUGGCGGAACUGAGGGAUCUGGGCUACCGGCAGACAGGCGGGCAAGUUCGGGGUCAAUUGAUCGUGAGAAUUUGCAGAGGAUAAUGGCGAAAAAUGCAGCAAGAACCCAGACUAGUCCUAGGAGGCGAACUGCUUCUACUGUAUCUAAUGGGGCACCUCCGGGGCCAAGCAAAUUCUUUCAGGAUAUCAUAGAUCAUGCAGAACGUAUGGUGCCCCUCGGUAAUAGUUCACAAAAUGCGUCUAAUGCGGAUCCAAGCUCCGGCCCUGUCGAAAUGGAUAGAAUCGUGCCGCAUGCGAUUCAGCCACCAACCCUACUGCAAAGUUGGAAUGACUAUUACCCCACAGAUUACUUGACGGAUCGAUUUGGGUUUAUCUAUGAUAAAAAAAACAAGGCCCUGUCGGCCAAAAGCAAAUCGUCCGUUGGGGGCGACGACGCCAAGCAGCCACGGUACGAGGAUGUGAAGCCUAGAUCGACACCGGGUGGAGGGGAUCCACCAAACGCAUCUAGUGGAGCUAAUUACGGACUCUUGGAUGCUGGAGAUGCCAGGACGCCAACACGAUGGCAGGAGCCCCCCCCAGAAACGCCUUCGAUAAGUUUACAUCAACCUAAGACUAGCAAGGAAGCGCCAGCGAGCGCUCCAGAGAAUUCUCAGCAUGGUCAACCGACCAAGUCGCUAAUUGACAGGAUUGCAAAAUCCACAUCCGCAAUGGCUUCUCCGACAACUACAACGUUUUCUGAAGCGCCGUUGGCCCUCCGAUCUCCACUACACUCUGAAAUGUCCUCUAUUGCGGAAGCAAGCACUGUUCAAUUGCUUCUUGGGCAACUUAGCGACCUUCACGAUUCAUUGCAGAGAGAUAGGGGGGCUAAGUGGAAUGAAUUCCUGAAGAAAAUCCGGCAGGAAAGGCGUCGGGGCGAGGAGGAAGAAAAGGGUAUGCCAGAGGUCUUGAUGGGGGAUGGGGAGCUCAUCGGCAUUGCAACAUUGGGGAACGAAGGCAGAGGAGGCAAGCAACGAUGGAAAGAGUUUAAGGGUCUUGUUCUAGGUGGCAUUCCGGUGGCAUACCGUUGGAAAGUUUGGACCGAGUGCAGUGGUGCUACCGCGAUGCGGGUUCCUGGAUAUUAUGAAGACAUUCUUGAGAAUGGUUUGGACGACCCACUAGUUAUCAGUCAAAUUGAAAUGGAUAUCAAUCGCACUUUGACGGAUAACGUUUUCUAUCGCCAGGGACCCGGUGUUAGCAAACUGAAGCAAGUUCUUGUUGCAUACAGCCGCCGAAACUCAGCUGUUGGGUAUUGUCAGGGAAUGAACAUGAUUGCUGCAAGUUUGCUUUUGAUUAUGCCAAGCGAGGAGGAUGCUUUCUGGGUGCUUUGCAGUAUCGUUGAGAAAAUAUUACCGAAGACAUAUUUCGAAUCAAACUUAUUAGCUUCUAGGGCCGAUCAACAGGUUCUCAAGCAAUACGUUCAAGAAGUGCUCCCGUCAUUGCACAUGCACCUUCAGAAACUUGGGGUUGAAUUGGAAGCCCUAACUUUCCAAUGGUUCCUGAGUAUAUUCACCGAUUGUCUUGCAGCAGAAGCACUCUUCCGUAUCUGGGAUGUUAUACUAUGUCUUGUUGGAAGUCCGUUCCUGUUUCAGGUGGCUUUGGCCCUGCUCCGCUUGAACGAGAAGGCUCUCAUCUCCUGCAAAAGUGCGGCAGCAGUCUACAGUUACUUGAAUGGGGAGAUGACACACCAAGGGAUUAGUAUAGAUGGAUUGAUCAGAGAAAGCGAUGGGAUGAAGCACCACGUGAAGAGGAAAGAAGUCGAGCUGAGGAGAGAAAGGGCUGUAGAGAAAGAGUUGGGAGAAGUGGGCUCAGGAGACAAUGGGGGCGCCACCGUAGAAGCCGUGAAGACGGACUCGCCGAUCCGUGCAGUAGCCAACGGUUCCGACGAAGAAAGCCGGAAACCGAGUACAAAGAGUAUUCACGACGAGGAGAGAGAAGACGGCAAUGGCGAGGACAAAACAAAGGGAGAAGCCGCAGGGGUGGCCGAGGUGGGACCGAGUAGCAGCGCUAUCCAGGAAGAAACUGCAGAGGAACUAUUAGCAGCGGACGCCAAACCCCUUGUGGGAAUAAUUGAGCAUCUUGCUAACGAAGAUCAAGAGCCAAGGGCCGUGACAUCGCCACCUUCGGAUAAUCCAGCCACUUCUAUUCCUCCUACGGAAGCCUCUGCAAUUCCUAUCGUCGCUACCACGUAG